CGUUGGUUUUGUAUUUUCCAGAUGUCGGCCUUGAAAUCUGCCAAUAAGGAGUUGAAAGGAAUGAUGAAAACAGUCAGUAUACAAGACAUAGAUAACUUACAAGAUGAGAUGAUGGAUCUGAUGGAUGUGAGCAAUGAAAUUCAAGAGACUCUUGGUAGGAGCUACAAUGUACCUGAUGACAUUGAUGAGGAUGAACUUUUGGGUGAGCUUGAUGCCUUGGAAGCAGACAUGGGAUUUGAAACUGAAGCUGAUGGGGUUCCAUCUUAUCUCUAGCCUGAUAAGGAAUCUGAUUUUGAAGGAGAGCUCAACUUGCCUGCCGCUCCGAUAGGGCAUGCAGCAGUUCCUGCUGGUAGAAACA